AUGUUUCCCUGGGCCCUUCGCCACCUCCCAGGACCUCAUCAGGAGAUAUUUAGGUACCAAGAAGCUCUGCAGGGCUUCAUCCGCCAUGAGAUCAUCAGGUACAAGCUCAGGACACCUGAGGCUCCCAAGAACUUUAUCAGCUGCUACCUGACCCAGAUCACCAAGGCUAUGGACGAUCCUGUCUCCACAUUCAACGAGGAGAACCUGAUCCAGGUGGUGAUCGACCUGUUUCUGGGAGGCAUUGACACUACGGCCACCACCCUGCACUGGGCACUCAUCUACAUGGUCCAGCACAGAGCUGUCCAGGAGAAGGUGCAGCAGGAGCUGGACACAGUGCUGGGCACUGCCCCAGUUGUCUGCUAUGAAGACCGACAGCGACUACCCUACACCCGUGCCGUCCUCCAUGAGGUGCAGCGCCUCAGCAGUGUUGUGGCAGUGGGCGCUGUGCGCCAGUGCGUGACAUCCACCCGGGUGCAUGGUUACUACAUAUCCAAGGGCACCAUCAUCUUGCCCAACUUGGCCUCUGUACUCUACGACCCUGAGUUCUGGGAGACCCCGCGGCAAUUCAACCCCAGCCACUUCCUGGACAAAGAUGGAAACUUCGUGGUCAAUGAAGCCUUCCUGCCAUUUUCUGCAGGGCAUCGAGUGUGUCCAGGAGACCAGUUAGCCCGAAUGGAACUCUUCCUGAUGUUUGCCACCCUCCUCAGGACCUUUCGGUUCCAACUACCGGAUGGGAGCCAGGGACUCAGGCUGGAAUACAUCUUUGGAGGCACUCUGCAGCCCCAGCCUCAGGAGAUCUGUGCAGUGCCCCGCCUGAGCAGCCCCAGCCCAGGUCCUAGGGAAGAGGGCCUGUAG